GGCGGCGGCGGCGGCGGCAGCGGCGGCGGCGGAAGAUGGCAGCGGCCGAGGCGGCGGACCCGCAGCUGAUGCUCGGAGUCGGGCUGAUCGAAAAGGACACGAACGGGGAAGUUCUGUGGGCCUGGUGCUACCCCUCCACCACGGCGAGCACCCGGGCCCUGCUGCUGAGGAAAUGCUGCCUGACGGACGAGAACAAACUCCUCCACCCCUUCGUCUUUGGUCAGUACCGUAGAAUGUGGUUUUACAUCACCACAGCCGAGGUGCCAGACUCUUCAGUUUUGAAAAAGGUGACUCACUUUUCUAUUGUUCUGACCGCCAAAGAUUUUAACCCAGAGAAAUAUGCCGCCUUCACUAGGACAUUGUGUAGAAUGUAUGUGAAGCACGGAACCCCGGUGCGGAUGAUGGAGAGCUACAUCGCCGUGCUCACCAAGGGCGCCUGCCAGAGUGAGGAGAACGGCUCUUUCCUCAGCAAGGACUUCUCUGCCCGCAAGGCCUACCUGGCGGGCUCCAUCAAAGAUAUUGUAUCCCAGUUUGGAAUGGAAACCGUUAUCUUACAUACCGCACUGAUGAUCAAGAAGAGGAUCGUCGUCUAUCACCCCAAAAUAGAAGCCGUCCAGGAGUUUACAAGGACUCUGCCUGCCCUGGUGUGGCACCGACAGGACUGGAGCAUCCUGCACCCUUUCGUGCACCUCCAGGCGGAGGAGCUGGAAGCCCUGCAGGCGUGCACAGGCUACGUGGCCGGCUUUGUGGACCCCGAGGUGAGCCACCGGUCAGACCUCUACGACGUGUUCGUGAACCUCGCGGACCGUGAGAUCAGCAUCGCGCCUUCCGCUAAAGAGGCCAUGACGAUGGGCAAACUGCACAGAGAGGUGGCUCAGCUCAUCGUGGAGUCGGCGGAGGACCCGGAGAAAUCCGACGGCGAAGUCAUCCAGGAUAUUUCCCAAAAGACCCGAGAAGUCCUCGCCAUCCUGAUGCCGUUCUCAGAGGCCUCUGGCGACGGAGGGAAGCGGGUGCUCAACUUGGAAGCGCUGAAGCAGAGGCGGUUCCCGUCGGCCACCGAGAACUUCCUCUGCCACCUCGCAGCGGCCGAACAGAUGCUGAAAAUCUGACCGUGCCCAGCCGGCCCGCUCGCCGUGCUCCUGAGACCGUGUGACGUCAAGUAACACAGGAAUGUUCCAGUUCUCACAAUCCGUUGGCAAGAAUGGGCAAUCCAACUUGAGAAAAAAGCACUGAAACACGUAUGAGAAACACUCUCGGCUCUCUGGCGUGGGUCCCCUGCCUCCCACUGGGGCGGGUGAGGCGCGGCCAGGCGUCACUCUCCGACGGCCCCGGGCCGGGGGUGCUGUGCCCCACGUCGGGGCCUCCUGCAAACCGCCCGCAGACCCGAAGCCUUCCUUGCGCCGAAGGUC